AUGGCUUUCGCUAUUCUUGCCUGUACUGGCCACCAAACAAUUGACAUCGUGGUCUCGAUAGCAUUGGCGAUAACCACUGUCCUGCUUUCUACGCGGAUAUUCACAGAAGUUAGAUAUUUCGUCCAAUCUAGGGGCAAUGCAGGUCGAUUCGAAGGCAGGGAGCCGUUGACGUUGCCUUAUACAAUACCAUGGAUCGGUGGGAUUACAGCAGUCAUCACUGGCCAUGACAUGUACUUUUGGGCAAAGUCAAAGUCCCCUCAAGACAGACCGGUGUCACUUAAACUUGGUCCUAUCAAGAUCUAUGUUCUCUUUGGGCCAAAGAACAUGAAGACUAUCUUCAAAAACUCAAAAACGCUUACCAAGUUCUCAACUACCAUGAUGAUAUUUCAUAACUCAGGCAUGUCGAAAAAGGACCAAGGUGUCUUUGAUGAGGAUAAGUCAGGCUUAGCUCAUGAACCAGUCGCCGAUGUUCCUGCUCAGGGUCGAAUCUGGAAGAAAUCCCACGAUCUAGGACCUAAGUAUCUUCUCACUGCUCACAACGUGAACAUGCUUACCAACAUGUUCAUCCAACAAUUCAACGAAGCAUUGGACAAAAAACCAUUGAAUCACAGCUUUACUACGUCUCUUUACAGUUACUUUAAGGAUGCCAUGUUCGUGGCAUCCACGAAAUCUCUUGUCGGCACCAGCAUCUUUUCGCUGUGCCCUGACUUGACCAAAGACUUUUGGGAAUAUGAUGGAGGCUUCACUCAAAUAGCUAUUGGUCUACCAAAGUUCCUCAUCUCUGCAAAGUACGCAGCGAGUGAUCGAAUGAUAGAUCAUUGCAAAAGGUGGAUUAAUCAUGCUUGGGAGAAUUAUGACCCGAAGAAUGAAGAUGCAGAUUGGGAAGAGUGUUUUGGAUCUACCUACAGUCGUAAAAUGGUGCAGGUGAUUGCCGAGUCUGGGUUAUCAAGAGAAGGACAGGCCAUUGCCAUGCUACCAAUGAUAUGGGCUAUCAAUUCCAACGCGAUUCCCUGCACUGGAUGGAUAAUAUUCGAAGCCCUGAAGCGACCUGGCUUGAUCAAGACUCUUCGCGAUGAAGUUGCACCCUCAAUGAAAAAGGACGAAGCGGGCAACUUAACGAUUGACAUCCCCAAUCUUCUCGCCAACUCACCUCUCCUUAUGUCGAUGUACAUGGAGUGUCUUCGUACCCGAACUUCCUCGGCUGUCACCCGCAAAGUGACCGAAGACACAGAAUGCGAUGGCUAUAUACUAAAGAAAGGAAACCACAUAAUGGCAGCAUCCUGGCAGCCAGCUCAUGGUCCUAUAUGGGACGUCCCUGGUCAUCCGGCAGACACUUUCUGGCCAGAACGAUUCAUCGAAAUGCCAAAAAUGAAACCUUCUGAUCCAGACGAGAAAUCUGCUUAUGAAAAGGCUAUGCGUCCGGAUGAAUGGUUUCCAUAUGGUGGAGGCAAUGUGAUAUGUAGUGGAAGAUUCUUCGCCAAACAGGAGAUUUUGGCAGCGGUAGCGAUCUUUGUGACAAAAUACGACAUCGAGUUUCAAGGCUGGUUAGAUACCAAAGGGAAGCUCACUGAUAAAGCUCCUAUACCGGAUGAGACUAUGGCAGGUGUUGGUGUCCUUCCUCCAUGUGGUGAUGCGAGAGUCAAAAUUACAAGGGUUUCAUAA